AUGUCUGAAUCUGAGAUUCAAAGUAUUGGGCGCAGCCAUCUUCCUGGCCUUGCUGGGUUAUUAGCACUGCCAAUGCCUUCUUUCAACUUUUGGUAUUCAACUACCUUUUGGCUGUACCUCUUUGUAGGCCUUUGGGUUCAUCGCUAUCUCCGUCUUCUAGUUCAUUGCGUCAGCCAUUGGACAUAUAAGUCGAAGCCCAUCCCCAGCAAACCUACAUUCACGAGUAAGGAUGUGACUGUGGUUAUCCCAACCAUUCACAAUGCUUUCGAGGAGCUGCGCCCUUCCAUUGAGAGCAUUCUCGCUUGUGAGCCUGCCGAGCUGAUUCUGGUCACAACGCAUGAUAAGCGAAAAGACCUCCAGCGCCUGGCAGACUCCCUGGUUUUCCCCAAAGUCCGUGUUCUGGAUACUCCUAUUGCCAACAAGCGCCUGCAGGUGUGUGAGGCGCUCCCCAAGGUCGAGACUCCCAUCACUAUCAUGGCGGACGAUGAUGUGACCUGGCCCUCGACUCUUAUGCCCUGGAUCCUCGCUCCAUUUGAAGACCCUCAAAUCGGCGGUGUAGGAACUUGUCAACGAGUACGACGGGAGCAUGAUGGCUCUUGGUCAACCAAGGCCUGGAACUGGCUGGGUGCAGCUUAUAUCGAGCGUCGAAAUUUUGAGAUAUCAGCCACCCACAAUAUCGAUGGUGGCACCUCAUGCAUGUCUGGCCGUACCGGCGCCUACCGCUCUGAAAUCCUCUCUAGUCAUGACUUUCUCCACGGCUUCAAGAACGAGAAGUGGAGAAAGUGGAUUUUGAAUGCUGACGACGACAACUUUGUGACUCGUUGGCUGGUAAGCCACCAAUGGAAGACAUGGAUCCAGUACGACAAGGAGUGUGAGAUCGAGACAACUUUGGAGAACAGCACCAAAUUUUUGUAUCAAUGCUCUCGUUGGGCCCGAAGCAACUGGCGAAGCAACUGGACCAGCAUGGUCACUGAACGCUACAUUUGGAAGCAACAGUUGUGGUGCACAUAUGCUCUUCACUUCGCGACUUUUACUUCGCUGGCUUUUGUCGUUGAUCCGCUUCUCUUAGCUUCAUGCUGGUGGGGAACAGCGGACUGGGAUAUCCAGAAUCGCCGAUACGCAUUCUGGACUCAGUUUAUCUUCAUGUUUGCGUUCACCAAGGUAGUCAAGCUGAUGGGUCUGUUUAUUCGAAACCCAAGCGAUAUCAUGUUCUUGCCUGUUUCCGUCAUAUUUGGAUAUUUCCACGGAUUGAUCAAGCUGUACGCCCUGAUCACUUUGAAUAUGACUUCAUGGGGUAGCCGAGCGGAUGGAGAUGCAAAUGAUGAGCAGCGACUUGCUCCCGCCCCGCAGCCUUCAAUCGUUCUGAAGACACCUCCUGGCAAGGGAUCGCUUAUUCGAUAUAACGCCCGUCAAAAGGGACGGCAACCUCAGGCACAGCAAGUCGCAUGGGAAAAGAGCGACUAUGCCGCGUACGAUUCAAGCACCUCGUAUGUGCCCAUACGAGUGCAUACACCAAUGGCAAUGAUGCCAAACACCACCAAGCUGCACACGAACGAAACUUCGAUCAAUUCACAGUGUUGGGUAAUCUGA